AUGCCUCGGAUCAAAAUAUUGGCCUCUGAUUCUGAUAGUGAAGAUAAAAGCAGAAGAAAAAGAACAAGACGUGCCGCAGCUUCGUCUGCAAGUUCUACCACCGGAAGUACUGAGUCUGAAUGCGACGUCGGCAAGAAGUUCGAAGCGACACCUCCGGGCAAAGUGACGCCGCCUUGUGAGUCAGACGUCGGGGCCAGAAUCACACGACGCAAAUCAUAUAUCUCGAAAGAGAUCCUCGUAGACCCUGAGUUAGAUCGAAAAUGCUUCAUUUGCAACGAAUCAUGUGUAAAAAAUUCAGACAAUAUGAUACUAGCAUGUUCAACUUGCUCCACGCCAUUCCAUGGCAAGUGUUUAAAUUUUGACACGUUUAAGUUCAAGCAGUGUAAAAGUUACCGAUGGGAGUGCAACUCGUGCAAAAAAUGUUCAUGUAGAAAGAAAAUCGAAAAGAUUGAGAAAUCAAUCAUCUGCAGCUUGUGUGAUCGUAAGCGACAUGUAGGUUGCGUGGACGUGCCAUCAGACAUAGAUCCGAAGCUGUGGUCUUGUUCGCAAUGCCAAAAAAGUGGAGCGGCGUCUAUGAAGAAGCUGGGCAAGAAGGAGAGCGAACUGAAAUGUCCAGUUGCUGGGUGUGACUCAAAGGGUCAUUUCAGUGGGAAAUUUGAUAACCAUUAUACAAUCAGUGGCUGUCCAGUGUAUCACAACAUGACAAAAGAAGAAGCGAAAGAACUGUCAAUCAAACUGGAUCAGCUAACCUCUGAGAGAGACAAAUUGCUAGUUAACAUCGCACAAGGGGACAUGUCGAAUGAAGAGUUAAUGAAGUUUACAGGAAGGUAUGCGGGAAAAUUGAAAGAAGAUCGAAAGUAUGAGCAUCCGGAAAAUAUAGACGAGCUAGUUAAGAAGUGGAUGAGUCAUAAUCAGCAGUAUGGAAGCAACAGAGAAGCUCUGAUCGAAUCCCAGGGAAUAACUUCAGAAUGGGAUCUUUUAAGAUUCAGACAAGCUCAGAUGGCAGUGGCCUACGAACAACAAAAACAGUUCGAGUCAGAGAAAUUCGACGAGUUCAAAAUUCAGUACGUCAUAAUCGGAAAAUGUCAGAUCAAAACCUGGUAUAACAGUCCUUACCCCGAAAUGUAUCAGCAACACUUGAAAAUCUACCUCUGUGAAUACUGUAUGAGCUACAUGAAUUCAGAUUUGCUUCUAAGGAGGCAUAUGGCCAAGUGUUCCUGGCGACAUCCUCCCGGUAACGAAAUCUACAGAAAGAACAAUCUGUCUGUUUUUGAAGUCGACGGUAAACAAUGCAAAGCGUAUUGCCAGAACGUAUGCUUGUUUGCGAAGCUCUUUCUCGACCACAAAACUCUUUACUAUGACGUCGAGCCGUUUCUGUUUUACGUGCUGACCUUGGCUGACAACGAAGGAUGUCACAUCGUCGGUUAUUUUUCGAAAGAAAAAGACUCUUUUUACAACUACAAUCUGAGUUGCAUUCUCACAUUUCCUCCGUUUGCAAAACAAGGCUACGGUCGAUUCAUGAUCGAAUUCAGCUACUUGCUGUCCAAGAUCGAGGGAAGAAACCCUGGAUCGCCGGAGAAGCCGCUGAGUGACCUGGGGUUGGCAAGCUACCGAAGUUUCUGGACAGAAGUUAUAAUGAAGUGGAUAAUGAGUCUAGACGAAGGUUCCAAUUGCUCGUUGAAAGCCUUGAGCCAAGAGACUCAUGUUCAUAUUAAUGAUCUAGUGAGCACUCUGCAGUUUCUGAAGCUGGUCAAAUUCUGGAGAGGAAAUCACGUGAUUGUGAAGAAACAGGAUAUAAUUGACAGUUUCAUUGUGAAACAGACGAAAAAAGCGGCUACCUUAAAAGUUGUUGAUUCGAAUUGUCUUUACUGGACAGGACCUCCUUCAAAGUCGAAGUGAAUUUUGUUUUAAAAAACUAAGUAGAAGUUGCAAAUUAUUUAUUUCCUCUCUUAAAAGCGUCCCUGAUGCUUAUCGAAUUUGUCCGAGAUAUUUUAAAAUGAAUUUUUUCAGCUUUGCGUUUUGUGAUUCUUAGCGACUGUUUGUCCAUGUUAAGUAAAUUUAUGUAUUUUAUAAAUUUUCAUUACUUCAACUGUUUGGCAUAAA